UAUGGAUAGAAGUGGGAAGGAUGAAGGAAAACGCAGAAGUGUGGCUCAUUUACACCCGGAGUUACAGAAGUUGCACGGACGAUUGAUGGCUCAGAUCGAAUUAAGCACUAUGAGGCUUAUAAGUGCAAUGGAAGAUGAGCUAGAUAAGGUGCAGAUAAGGAUAGAGGAAAAUAAUGUGACCACAGAUGAUGAGGACCCUAUUGACGUCCCAGAUGAUGAUAAGGGAGAUGAUGAUGCAUUUGGCGAUGAAGACUCCCAUGAUCAUGAUGGACAUGAGUCUGAUGACGAAGGUGAUGAUAGAGAUGAGUUCCACGGGGGAGAUGGUCAGGGAGACGAUGAUGCAACUGGCUCAGAUAGGGGUGAUGACAUUGGUGUUGCAGCAGAAGGUGCAGACAAAGAAAUUAUGGAGUCUCCCCUGCCUUUGUCCCCCAUGGACAAGGGAUGUCAACUCCGGAGAUCGCAAAGGGAGAUGAAAUCCGCUAUCAAUUCUCCAUGGAUUUUGACAAAGCCAACUAAGAGGCGAAAGAGGCCCAUGGAUGACAAGGACCGGUUUUAUGACAUAGUUUCCCGUAUGUGUUCAAGCAAGGAGGGUGACAUGCCUUUGGUGAAAAUCUCUGAUGAAGAUAUCACUCGGGAUCAGCUAAGGACACUUGGCGGAAUUGAGAAAAUAGGUAACCGGCUGAUGUCAACUGUGUGCAAGACUCUAAUGGCUGAUAUGGAGAAGGAAGGGCAGGUGAAGCGGCACAUUUUUUAUGCUGAUUUUAUGGCAAUAAUGGCAGCUAACCCAAAGCUGUGGGAUGCUACAAAACGGAAGAAACAAUUUUUACCUGAAAAUGUAGGCUACAACAUAGGAGAAUGUGAUUUGAUCUUUGGACCCACACUUGUUGGCGCUCACUGGUUCUGUGUUGUGCUUGAGCCUAGCACAAUGAAUUUCUAUGUGCUGGACUCAAUGAAGCCAAAUUUAGAGGGUAAGAAGAAGAGCAAGAAGAAGGGUGUAAUUAUUGAUGACAUGACGACCGUCGUCACUGAAUGUAGGAAUAGAUUUUAUGACAUUAUUGAGAUAGUUAAGCCUAAUGCCACUGGGAAGAAGAAAAUGAGUGAUAUCAUUUGGGCUCCUGUUCCGCAACAGAACAAUCUGCGAGACUGCGGUGUUCAUGUAUUAAUAUGGUUGAGUAAAUGGAAGCCCGGUGAGAUACUUCACUAUACGGAUGAACAAGUGGCUGAAUUCCGACGAAACCUCAUGUGGUGGCUAGUGAAUCAUGAGCUUAAUUCAAGACGUGAUGAAGCAUUAAGCUUGCUUUCAUCAACCCAAGCCACCACACUGACCAAAAGACGCCAUCUGUGA